AACAAGCUCAUAUCUAAUAAAGAAAUUGAAAUCGCAACGUGUGAUUCGCAGCUUGCUACAGCAACCAAAUUCCAAAUCGAAAUCCAACCACAACCACCCGACAAUCGGUCCCAAAAACCAUAAAACCACAACACUCCCGGACCUCAGUUCUCAAACACUCUCUCUCAUCUCUCUCAAAAUUGAUCAGAAAACCAAGAGUAACAUUUCUCAUUUUUUUUUUUUUUUUUUUUGCUUUUUAGAAGAACAAAUUGAUGUUUUGAUCUUUCCAUUUUAAUCAAUUGACACCCAAUUUGUGUUAAUUGAUUUGGGUUUCUGAAUUAACCACCCAAUUUGUGUUUAACGAUGACAAUGAUCGAAACUGAGUUUUCAAAGCUCUCAGAUGAUGUUGUUCUCAACAUAUUCUUUAAGCUAGAAGACGAUCCUCGGACCUGGUCGAGGCUCGCUUGUGUUUCCACCAGAUUCUCGUCUCUAAUUCGCAACGUCUGUUGGAAAAACAAGUGCUCUCAAGCCAUUCCCUCCGUCGUCUCCGAUCUCCUCUCCGCCGCCGGCGCCGACCCGCCCGGCGGCUGGGCCUCCCUCCACAAACUCGGUGUGUGCUGUCCCGGCCUCCUUCACGCCGGAGUCCUCCUCGAACACUCCGAUUUCGGUCUCGAGCGCGAGCUCGGCCCUGAUGAGAAUUACCAGGAACCCAAGUUGUUUCAAUUGGAUCUGUUACCAUCUUCGAGCGAAAGUGGUGGUAAUUCAGAGGUCAAUAAUGUUUCUUGGUCCUUAUACGAUGAUCUUUACUUUGAUACUGUUUACAAUGCCUCUGAAUCUCAAGAUCGACUUGAACUGCCCAAAGAGUCCCAAGAAGGUGAUGGUGGUGGUGGAGGUGGUGGUGGUGGUGGUGGUGUUGUCAAAGCUGUUGCUGAUUUUGCUGUGGGUAAGAGAAGAAAAACUUGCAGAUCUCAUAGGUCUCAUGUAGCUUCUGCGGUUUGGAAUUUGAAUCGUGAACAAGGGAACAAGUUGUUGGCGAGUCGAUUCAGAGGGGAUUGUCUCUACAUUUGUGAUUGGCCUGGUUGUGUGCACACUGAAGAGAAGCGAAAUUAUAUGCUUUUUAGGGGAAUUUUCAAGAAUUUCAAGCGCUCUCGGGUUUGGAGGACGAUAAAUGAUGGGAAUCGGAACAAAAUUGAUGUGAAGUGUGCGUUUUGCUCGUGCAGGCAGACUUGGGAUCUGCAUUCCGCAUUCUGUUUGAAGAGGGUUUUUGGGUUUCAUGAUGAUGGGGAGCCAGUUGUUCGAGCUUAUGUCUGUGAGAAUGGGCAUGUUUCCGGGGCGUGGACGGAUUGGCCUCUCUAUACUUGAAUCACUGGGCUCCUCUUGAUUUAUGGGUACCUCUUUGUGGUCCUCUAUAUCCAUGGAAUUUUAUCCUUAAAAGGAUGUGUUUCAUAGCUAUUUAGGCAAAUUUGAAUUACUGCUUAUCAAUGUCUUUAUUGCUUCUGUUGUUAGUGUUUUAUUUAUGAUCUGUUCUUACAAUUUGGGUUUGAGUUAUAAUAAAGGAAUUUUUGGUUUGUA